AUGUUGGGUCACAAUCCCAACACUGUCUAUCAAAUUACCAACUAUUAUAAUGAUAAAGUCCAGGUUCGCAAGAACCACGUGCACAAGUCCGUCUAUCGGAUCGCCAAGGUCGUGCAGGACGUGUUGAAGGACGUCGAAAGCCAAGAGCCGCGUUUUAUUUCGACUUUAGUCGAAAGUAAUGGGCGAUAUGAUGGGUUGAUCGUUCAUUCUCCCCACGAAUACGAAGCGAUACUUUACCUGAAUCAAAUGGGUGUAUUCAACUUUGUCGACGACGGUUCUAUCCAAGGAUGUGCUGUACUCAAAUUGAGUGAUGGACGGAAACGUUCAAUGUCACUAUGGGUGGAGUUUAUCACAGCAAGCGGUUAUCUGUCGGCAAGAAAGAUUCGCAGCCGAUUUCAAACGUUGGUUGGACAGGUUGUUGAGAAGCCUCCGUUUCGAGAUUACUGUAAACUCCUUACUGACACCAGCGACGUGCGUUUACGUGUCGAUGACAAAUAUGUCGUUCAAAUCACGUGCGCUUUCCGAUGCAAUGGAAUUUGGCCACGAUCUGCGAGUCAUUGGCCGAACAACACUAUUCCGUGGCCUAAUCCAGCCAUUGCUGCCGAGGUGAAAAACGAGGGUUUCGACCUGACAAGUCGCGAAACGGGUACGGUCUCGGCUCAGCAGAACAAGCAAGCUAGUUCAAUGGAAGGAGACGCUUGGGCGAUGAAUCUCACCGGAGCAGAAAACGUGCUUUUGGCUGGUAACCGACGGAAAGCGCUCAGCAUUCUCAAGUGUUUACGCGACACUCACCUCGAAUUCCCUGGUACUCCUAUAACUAACUAUAUUCUGAAAACUUUAAUGCUAUAUGAGUGUGAGAAACACUGCAAUGAUUACGAAUCUUAA